UAAGAUGAGGUCAAAUCAGGGGGGACAACAUCCCCCUUUAUCCCUCAUCUUUUCAUCCCCCUUCCUAUCAUAUACCCGCUCUUCUUCGCAUCGACGUGUCUCCCGUGCCAUGAAGAUCAGUCCGGCCUAAUUUAUAGCAUUCAAACGGUUACUUAUCUCCCUCGAUUACUGUAACGAAAGCGACCAGAUAUCGCUCGACCGUUCACCUGUAGCGAUUGCCCUAGCAGCUUCGGCCGUGACCCUGAACUCAAGCGGCAUAAAGGACUUCAUCUCAUCGGAGAGGCUCGGGAGAAAGCCCUUUUCCAAUGCCUGGCUUACCCUACCUGCAGGUGUUCAAGACUUCCAGAAGUCUAACAUCGUCAAUCACGUCAGGAGGAGGCAGUAUGGAGGACCUUUCUCUGCAUCGAUAGCCACACUCACCGUAAUGUAUUCUAGUCCGGAACUCCUCGAAAGGGAUCUGCUCCAUCCACUGUCUCCACCACCAAUCUCUUCAACCUCAGCGGUCAACGUUGCUACUAUAUCUACACCGCUGACCCCCAACUCAUUGCCAUCCAUCGAAGAGCCUAACGGCCCCAAGAAUCCCAACUCGUGGAUACGGUUCCCUGUGGAUCUUUUUCUUAGGCACCCACGCUUCAGCUCGGACGUACCUCGCCUGUCUACCCUGUACGGUACGCUUCCGCGCGAAUAUCGCGAUCAAAGACCUGAUCUAUUUCCUCUGAGGCUGUCACCCUCGCUUCAUGGUGGAGUCGGUCAAGGUCCAGUCGCAGCUGGAAAUCUCCCACCUUUGAUCAUCCCUACGACACUUCAAACUCUUCCUACGCCACCUCCAGCUCUUCCUACGCCACCCCCAAGUCCCCCGCCUGCCGCCAGGCCUUCCUCUCCACCAAAACCCACACUGAAGUGGCUCGUGACCUCUCAGCCCCUGCCUCCGACAGAGGUAAAAGACCCUUGCUUUUAUGUCCGGUUCAUCGGAGACAACAUCGUCUCGAAUCGUUAUAUUUCGGAGGUCUUACCCACUCCAUAAACCUAUGGUAGACAUUGACAAUGCGGUUGUUGGUGAGUUAGGGUGGUCGAAGGCUACAAAACGUUGCUGUGUUACCAACGAACAUUUUUCAAAAAUUGAUGUCUUGCACAUCCUCGUCCUAUCUCAGUUGCUGUCUAUUUCAUUUGGCUUUCAAGCGUUUUCCUCGUUGUUUUCCGCUUAUUAUUUCCCCGUUGUUUUCUCGCUUUCCCAUGCUUCCUCGCUAUCAUCUUUCCACCUCGGACUGUACCACUAGAUCACACACGCUUUCAUCUAGUUCUGUAAUCUCCAUUGUUCUUUUUCCAUACCGUUGUAGCCUGAUUCUGAAGCUUGUCGUUGCUUGGUGCUCGAUUUUCUAUUGCUCGUCUAAAUAUGGUGCUGUUAUAUUGUUUCUGCUAUCAUUCUGUAUAGUUACCGGUCCGUUUUGUCGUCGUGAAAAUGUGAUUUGUUGGUUG